AUGAGUGAUUUGUUCAGUAAGCAACUUAAAAAACAAACAGCACGAGCAAAAGAAAAGUUAUUAGAAGGACUUGGUAAAGCAAAAGCAACACAAGAUGAUGUGUUUGACCAACAUGCUGCCAAUUUGGUAAAACAAAGCAAAGCAUGUGAAAGAUUAUAUCGUGAUUUGAAAGCCUAUAGUGCAGCAUUGCGAACAAUGGUUCAAGCACAGAAAACAUUUCGGGAAACAAUACGAGAACUUUAUGAAACGGAUUGGCCGGAUCGUGAACAUUUGUGUGCUAUUACACAAUCAAUGGAUCUUCAAUGGGAUGAAUUCGAAAAAAUUAUCAGUGAUCGAGUGAUGGGUUCGGUAAAUGCAUAUAUGGCGCAAUUUUCCGAAUUAAAAGCUAAAGUAGCGAAACGAGGAAGGAAACUUGUUGAUUUUGAUGGUGCACGAAAUAAUUAUGCAACCGUGAAAGCUAGUUCCAAAAAAGGCGAUGAUGAUCCAAAAGUAGUGAAAGCACUGGCAGAUCUACAGCAAGCCGAAACCCUAUAUAGAGAAUUGAAUAAAGAACUUGUUGAUACAUUACCUGCCACAUACGAUAGCCGAAUAACAUUUUUUGUUGAUACACUUCAAACAAUUUUCAAUGCUGAAAGUACUAAUCAUGCAGAAUGUGGAAAGAACAACAAAACUUUGGUUACCUUAUUGGAUAAUUUGGGAAACUCAUUCGAUUCUCUUCGUGUUCCACGAAAUGCAUCAGAUCAAUCGGUAGUACAUACUCCAAUUGAUGAACAAUCAAUUCCAACUGAAGGUUUACCAUCACAAAAAUCGGACAUGCCAAUACGAGAGCCUCAACCAAUAUGUCCUCAUGUUUCAACCGAAGCAAUCCUGACCAGACCUGAUUCUGAGCGUAAUGAUGAAAAUGCGGAAAAAAAAGUAUAUCCGAGUUUGACUGACGAACCACCUGCUGCAGUUGUCGGUAAUGGUGGUAAUAGUGAGGAGAGAAAUGAUAAAAAAUCAUCGGAGAAAUCAACUGUUGGUAAUGGCACUGGUGAAAAGGGUUCGAAAGCCUCACUAAAUCCAUUUGAUGACGAUGAUGAUGAUGAUACAAAAAAUCCGUUCAAUGAAAAUAAUCACGGGAAUGAACCGCAUCCAGAGCCACGUUCACCACAGAAAGGUGACACUCGUCAAGAAGUGAAUGCUGAUCGAAAGAUUUUGUACAAAGUUCGGGCAACACAUCGCUAUACUGCAGAAGACACCGAUGAACUUACGUUUGAUGCGGGUGAAGUGAUAACAGUGCUAGAAGCUCGUGAAGAUGAUCUUCUGGAUGAUGGAUGGUUGUUUGGCGUAAAGCAAUCUGAUGGAGUUCAUGGUGUAUUCCCCGCAAAUUUUACAAAAUCUUUGUGA